GGCUUCUCAACUCUCAAGUCACGCCCAUUCACUAACCUGUCUUCUACCAAAAGCCAACACAACUACUUACCAUCAAAAUGGCAAAAUCUAUCCUUGUUUUGCUGCUUGUCUCUUUGCUUUACAGUUCAACAAUCGCAAAAUCUGCAACCCCCGCAAGUUCCAGCACUAGUGCCUCAAAUUUCAUCAAGGCCUCCUGCAGAACCACCACCUACCCUGCACUGUGCGUCCAAUCUCUGUCAGCUUAUGCCACUUCCAUCCAGCAAAGCCCGUUCCAACUAACCGUGACUGCGUUGUCCGUGAGCCUGGACAGGGCUCAGUCCACCAAGUCAUUUAUCUACAAGUUGACAAAGCUCAAGGGAGUGAAGGCCAGAGAGAUGGAAGCUAUCAAGGACUGUUUGGAGGAGAUUGAUGACACUGUGGACAGGCUCAGCAAGUCCGUUAAAGAGCUGAAGAACUUGGGUGAGUCCAAGGGUAAGGACUUCCAGCGGCACAUAAGCAAUGUGGAGACUUGGGUUAGUGCAGCUUUGACAGAUGAGAACACUUGCGUUGAUGGGUUUGCUGGUAAGGCUUUGAAUGGGAAGUUGAAUUCUUCGAUUAAGGCAAGAAUUGUAAAUGUUGCUCAGGUGACUAGCAAUGCACUAGCAUUGAUUAACAAGUUUGCCUCCAAGAACUAAUGAUUAAGUGAGUUAAGUAAAAUUAUGUUGAUAUAAAUAAGUUGAUUUUGAAUGAAUCUAGUUUUUGCUAUAUGUAAGAGUGAGACAAACUUUUUAAUCAAGGUUCUUGAGUGAUGUGCAUGCAUAGAACGAAACCAUCUGCUUUUCAUUUCUUUUUCA